AUGGAAUCAGAGAAACAUACAUCGACAACUUCUCUCAUCGCGCUAUGCAUUCGCGACUUCCACACACUGCUGAAGUCCAUCCCAGAUGAACAAAGUGAAAGCCGUCUGAAGGUCCAGGAUGAUAUGACAGGUUAUCUUCGGACUACCGGCUUCGAGAGGCUCCAGACUUACAUCGAGAGGUUCAAAACCACAUCAGGGAUAUCACUGAAGCCAUUCAAGGAGGUAUCUGAAUGCCCUGAAUUUGAACUCUUGGAUUGUUGCUUAUUAUACCUAGCGAUCUCUUUUUUCUCGGGAAGUGAAGAGUCCCUCACUUUUGACGAUGGCCCUGCUGGCUCCGAAGUGGACGAGUUGGAUGUAGAUGAUUCGGAUUCGGACGGGUUUUGGGAUCAGAUCAAAGCAGAUAGCGACGAGAAUUCGAAGCUAGACGAAUAUAUGCUUGACAUUCAAUAUACAAUUUCCAGCCUUUACAAAUUCUCCUUGACCCUCCAGAACCCAGCACAUCGAGACCGUACAGCUCAAGCGUCGCGUAUUGAACUUGGGCAUUUCGAAUUCUACGACAUCCAACAUGUGUCGGACAAAUACAACAUUCCACGGGAUAGUACGCUUGCUCAACGCCUUGGAAGAGCAAACACAAAACGCCGUCAACUUCUCGCAUACCACAAAGAUCACACAGAAAAGAUUUCCAGAUACAUUAAUGUGGUCGUGCAAAAGGCCACAGAGGUUCCCAUGGCCUCAAUAAAGGACACAGGAACUCAAAGCACCUCGACGAGAUUGACACAGGAUACUACCGUUUCGACGAUUCACCAUCAUGAUUACGAUAGCGGAUCCGACUCGGCGCAGACAAAAUUCUCUACAGCGACCUCGACCGCUGGUGAUCAGGCACAUGUCUUAACGCCGCCACCGCCGCCGGCAGACGCGGUGAACACAAUGCAGAACCAACCAUUUUUCUGCCCCUACUGUCACCAGACAAUUCAGCUCGAGCAUAUAGACGAAGACUGGGAAUAUCAUGUAUACAGCGACUUACGGCCCUAUAUUUGCACAUUCGGAGACUGCGUCAAAGCCAAUCAGCUCUACGACAGCUACACAGAAUGGAGUGAGCAUGAACGUCAAUUCCAUCGGCGAGAGUGGAUUUGUAAUUUAUGCUCAUGCGCUUUCAAAACCGAAGUUGUCUUCCGGAAUCACCUUGAAGAUGCUCAUGCUGGAGUACUUCCCAAAGACCAACAGCAGGCGAUGGUGGAACUGUCCGAACGAACUAUAUUUUCUGCGCAACAAUGUCCCCUGUGCACAAAACCUCCAAUUUCAAACUCGAGUCACUUUCAGCAGCAUCUAGCUCGACACCUUCAGCAAAUAUCUCUUUUUGUUCUGCCCUAUCCCGAGCCAGAAGAAAAUGAACAAGCAGCCCGUGAUGAAGAGUCAAACGAGUCCCAACAAGUUGUGGUGAUUGACGACGAAGCGAGAAUAUUGUUAAAGUCUAUAUCAACAAAUCAGGAAUCUCCAGGGAUAGACAGAGGUCAAACCUUGAGCGAGGGUUCGAAAUCAGAUGAUCAGCUCGAAGAAAACAAACCAGUAACUGAAGACCAAGUGGACGAAGAACUCCAAGAAAUGGAGAAAAAUAAGAGAGCUCUAGGGCCGGAGAACCCAUCAACUGUGGAAAGCAUGAACAAGCUAGUGUCAACUUAUUGGAAGCGUGACCAAUUGGAGGAGGCCGUGAAACUGUUAGAGCAAGUUCUGGCGAUCGAAGAUACAAAGCUCGGUAUAGAUCAUCCCUCUACACUGACGAAUAUGAGCAACAUUGCGCGGUCAUACAGGAGCCAGGGAAAUUGGGUCGAGGCCUGGAAGCUUGAUACAAAGACUUUCGAGAAGAAGAAGCUGACGCUUGGUCCGAAGCAUUUAUCAACGCUGGAUACUAUGGAUGACAUAGCUACUUCGUAUGAAAUGCUUGGUCGCUACGAAGAGAGAGAAUUGAUUGCGCGCCAGCUAGUGGACCUCGGCGAGGAAGUACUAUCGCCAACACAUAACUCGCUACUAAGAUGGAAAACAAGCCUCGUUUCGAUAUAUCGAGUUCAAGGGAAGCUUGACUUAGCUGAAAAACUUGUACGAGAGGUUAUCCCUGCUUGUCAAGCAUCCUUUGGUGAGAACCACCCCUUAACGCUUACCUCUCUCGCAAACCUUGCAUCUAUAUAUCAACGUCAACGUCGAUGGUCAGAUGCUGAGGAUCUCGGAAAGAAGGUGGUGAGAACUAGCGAGAUUGUGUACGGCGAAACACAUCCAGAGACUCUUAGGUUCAUGAGUAACAUAUGCUCCGCAAUUAGAAAUCAAGGUCGCCUUGGAGAGGCUAAGAAUCUUGGAGAAACGGCAAUAAGAAGGAUGAUCAAGGCUGGUAUGGAUCGUCAGCUACACAUGAUGGUCGCUAUGGUCGAUCUAUCAGUGACAUAUUAUAUGCAAGGAUUACUUCGUGACGCUGAAUCUUUAACAUCCCGGGCUUUACGUUUAAUGGAGGAGACCCUUGGAAAAGACCAUCCACAGACCAUCUUUACCAUGCUCAAUCUCAGCUCCAUAUAUAAAUCGCAGAACAAGCUGAAUGCUGCAAAAGAGUUGGUGGAGACGGUGCACGCGCGCCGAGAAAGAAUACUUGGGAAGGACCAUCCUAGCACCAUUGAAGCGCUGGGGAAAAUGAGAAGAAUGUCAGGUAGAAGCAGGGUAAAGGGGUUACAUCGCAUCGAUUCAUUGGAGCACCAAUUGGAGACUUAA